UCGUAAUAAUAGUAAUAACAAAAAUAAAUUAAAAAAUAAAAAGAUGAAUAAUUUAAAAAAAAUAGGUACAUAAUUAGAAAUCAAAUAUUUUUUAAAAACUAAGAAAUUAUAAUGACUAGAAAAUAGCAGUAAUUGCAGUAAUGAUACAAAAGCUUUCUGUCUCAUAUGCACUUUCCUUUAUCUAUAAUUUCUCUUACAAACAAUAUCUUAUUGUAAGGUGGUAACACAGUGUGUCAUUUUUGUAAAUAAUUUCCUACACAGACGAACAGUGAUGAAUGUCGAUGGUUAUAGUCACAGAAUCUAAACCACAGUCUGUAUUUAACAUACAACAUAUGAUAAAUAUGUGAACGUGGCUGCAGUACCCUUGGCUCUAAUUUAGUGCAACCUGCAUCGCAAUGUCUUCAAAACUGCUUUAUUGGCUGAUUGAAAUAUAUAAAAAAUACAUAACCGUUUAUUUUUGGAUGAAAUCUAAUGUCAAAUUGUCAAACAAUCAAGUUAAAUACUUCAAUACUUCAAUUUUGCAUUUGAAAAUAGCUUUUUGUUUCCUUCCAGGUGUCAUCAUGAACCUGACCUCCAUCUCGGAUCCUGUCCACUUACUCACCAACAGCUUUACCGGUGCUUCUUUCCAGGAUUUGGCCCUGUUACCUGAGAAUGGGUGGAAGCAGCAUAAUGUCAGUAAUUUCUUCACACGAGGAGGAAACGUGUCUGAUUCGGCAGUUAACAGGACAGCAAUGCCUCCUGAAGAGGAGUUUGACCCGUUAGGAGGACACACUAUCUGGCAGGUCAUCAUAAUUGUCUUCCUCACCGGAUCGCUCUCUCUUGUCACCGUCGUUGGCAACAUCCUCGUGUUGGUGUCGUUCAGGAUAAACAAGGCGCUGAAGACGGUGAACAACUACUACCUGCUCAGCCUGGCGUUUGCUGACCUGACCAUCGGCACGCUGUCGAUGAACCUGUACACCACGUACAUCAUCAUGGACCAGUGGGCCCUGGGGCCAGUGGUUUGUGACCUGUGGCUUGCGAUCGACUAUGUGGCCAGUAAUGCCUCAGUCAUGAACUUACUUGUCAUCAGCUUUGACAGGUAUUUCUCUGUGACCAGACCUUUGACCUACCGGGCCAAGCGUACCACCAAGCGGGCCAUGACCAUGAUUGGAUUAGCCUGGUCCAUCUCUUUUAUUCUGUGGGCCCCAGCCAUUCUGUUCUGGCAGUAUAUCGUAGGUGAGCGGACAGUCCAGCCAAACGAGUGCUACAUUCAGUUCUUGUCGGAGCCCAUCAUUACGUUUUGUACUGCUAUUGCUGCAUUCUACUUGCCAGUGACAAUUAUGGCAAUCCUGUUUUGGAAGAUCUAUCAGGAGACAGAGAAGAGAGCUAAAGAAGUGCAAGGUCUGAAAGGAUCUGGGGCAGGAAACAGCUCCAAUCAGGCUCAGAAUCAAGGGAAUGGCAGUGGGAGAGCUGGUGGAGAAAGUUCAGCCAACAGCCAGAAGAAUUUGUCAACUGUGCUGCGGCAGAUGAGCUCUCAAAGCUGCAGCAGCUACGAACUGAAUCAGUCAUCUGCAGAGAAGAACAACAAGGACAACGGCAGCUUACCAGAGGGAAUGGGAAACAGAGGAAAGUGUGGCACAUUUUGUUUCCAGUUUUCCUCUCUUCUGCAAGGUCAGCGUGCAUCCAGGAGGUCCUUCAACAACACGAUGUUAACGGAGGGCGAUGCAGAGCAGAGCAGCUGUGACAGCUUCAACAAUAAUGAAGUUGGGGCUUCAGGGGAUCAGUCGGGUUCUGAGGCAGAAGCUGAUGGUGCAGACCCGUCAAGGACUCCAACAGCUAGUAAGAAGUCCAGAAAGAUGAAGAAAAACAAGGAUAAGCAGCCAUCAUCAACCUACAAAAGUCAAAGAGGUUCAAACCCCCCACCUCCUCUGCUGACCAGUCGCCUGCAGCUAUCACCAUGAAGGAUGCAGCGAUGGCCAAACGCUUUGCCUCGAAGGCCAAGACCGAGAUCAACAAGCGCAAGAAUGAGAAGAAGGCGAACGAUAAGAAAGCAGCGCGGACACUCAGC